AAUCCUUUCCAGAUCCAUAUACGAAUGGGCAAAAAGUACUAGACCCUACGUUCUGCUCCUAAUAAAUUAAAGUCUUUCCUGGGUUAAUCUCACUCUUUCCUGGGUUAAUCUCCAUGUCAUUGUUUUUUUUUUUUUUUUUUUUCCUUCCUUUUUCUCCAAAAUGGAAUUUCUUGCAAAUCUUGUAAGAUUUUUUAUUUAUCUGUCUUGUUCUUGUAUGGUUCUAUCCUCUAUAACCAUCUUCAAGAUCAACUUUGUAGCAUUUGGUGUGGAAGACUGUGAGUUUCCAGCAAUCUUCAAUUUCGGAGACUCAAAUUCGGACACAGGUGGGUUGGCUGCUGCUUUCCCAUCAAGAAUUUACAAGCCUUAUGGGGACACCUUUUUCCACGAGCCUGCUGGAAGAUUUUCAGAUGGCCGGCUCAUCAUUGAUUUCAUUGCGAAGAGUUUUGAUCUGCCGUACCUGAGUGCAUAUCUAGAUUCCCAGUGGACCAACUUCAAGGACGGUGCAAAUUUUGCCACUGCAGCUUCUACCAUCAGAUUGCCAAAUCUUAUCAUACCAAAUGCUGGUUAUAGUCCAUUCUACCUUGAUGUUCAAUACACGCAAUUCGUGCGAUUAAAAUCCACAUCACAACCCAAAACACAUGGAGAGUACUUUAAGCGGGCAUUAUAUACAUUCGAUAUUGGGCAGAACGAUCUGAAUCAAGGUUUCUUUUCGAACUUGUCUAUUGGGGAAUUUAAUGCAUCUGUCCCUGAUAUCAUCAACAGCUUCUCCACAAAUUUUAAGAACAUACAUAAUAUAUCGGGAGGUAGGUCAUUUUGGAUACACAACACAGGGCCAAUUGGCUGCCUUCCUUACAUUUUGGACGCUUUCCCGUCAGCACAAAAAGAUGAAGCUGGUUGUGCUAAACCUCAUAAUGAAGUGGCUCAAUACUUUAAUGCCAAAUUGAAGGAGGCUGUUGUUCAACUCAGGAAGGAGAUUCCUUUGGCUGCAAUCACAUAUGUUGAUGUCUACUCUGCUAAAUACUCCUUAUAUACACAUCCCCAUGAUAAUGGAUUUGAGAGGCCAUUUGUUACUUGUUGUGGGUAUGGAGGAAAAUACAAUUAUGGCAGUGUUGCGUGUGGAGGAACAAUCCAUGUUAAUGGAACCCAAAUAUUUGUGGGUUCGUGCCAACGGCCAUGGGCCAGAGUAAUUUGGGAUGGAGCUCAUUAUACUGAGGCUGCCAAUAAGGCUGUUUACCACAAAAUUUUAACUGGAGCUUAUUCGGAUCCACCUCUUCCUCUCAAAAAGACUUGUUACAAGACUCCCAAGUGAAUUAAUUUAUCAUAAUCAAUUAAUUUGAUGUUUUUCCUAUGUUAUUUGAUGUAUACUUCAUAAAUACUUUACUGAAAAUAAAAUAUUAAAUUACAUCAACACAA